AUGUGGGACAGGCUUGGAGAGAGGAAGCCUGGCCAGGACCAGAUUUUUGGUGGUGCCAACCUUGAUAUGAUGGAAGCAAAGAAGAUGCAGCUGACAUUUAAAGAUAUUGCUGGAAUUGAUGAGGUCAAGGAGGAAAUCAAGGAGAUCGUGUCCUUCCUGAAGAAUCCGGCCAGGUUCACUGAAUUGGGGGCCAGGUCGCCUGCAGGAAUUUUGUUGGUUGGGCCCCCAGGCACAGGGAAAACCCUGCUUGCAAAGGCGAUCGCUGGGCAGGCGGAGGUGCCCUUCUUUUCCACAGCUGGCACAGAGUUCAUGGAGAUGUACGUUGGUGUUGGUGCUGCAAGAGUGAGGGACAUGUUUCAAAAAGCUCGAAAAGCGGCCCCCUGCAUACUUUUCAUUGACGAAUUCGAUGGUGUGGGCAAGCAACGCUCGCAAUCUGCAGGCAAUGACGAGUCUGUACACACUAUUAACCAACUUUUGACAGAGAUGGAUGGAUUUGAAGACAACACAGGAGUGGUGGUGAUCGCUGCAACAAAUCGCCCAGGCUCCCUUGACACUGCUUUGACGCGUCCGGGUCGCUUUGACAGGAUCAUUCACCUGCCACUGCCGAACCUCGCAGGCCGCAUAGAGAUCCUGAAAGUGCAUGCCCGUGGCAAGAAGCUAGAGGAGGGGUUGGAAUUCUCGAAGGUGGCACGGGCCACAGCUGGCUACACAGGGGCAGACUUGAUGAACUUGAUGAACCAGUCAGCUAUUGUAGCUGUUCGGCAGGUGGGAAAUGCUGCCAGAAACUACUUGAUAGACUGCUGUUGGAGCAGAGGGCAAGGGAGCUCAGCUGCUACCUUUCGCAUAUUCCAAUGUGACUAG